GAGCGGCCGUUCCGACCUCCGGUCAGGAGGGGGAGGAACAGAGCACGGCCGGCGGCUGCACGGGCAGGGCCUCUCUGGGCUGAGAGGAAGAAACCAGCGAGACAUCGAAAGGAAGUCGCUGUGGCACUCAGUCCUACGGCCUCCGAGGCUGGACAGGUCAGUGUGUCGCUGGCCUUAGCCAGACACCACAGGUCACGCUGGCUGCGAAUGGAGCCGAGGACUCGCGCGGAGGCGAGAUGCUACCAGCCGGCGAGAUCGGCGCCUCUCCAGCCCCGUGCUGCUCUGAAAGUGGUGACGAAAGGAAGAAACUCGAGGAGAAAAGUGACAUAAAUGUUACAGUUCUUAUUGGAAGUAAACAAGUCAGUGAAGGUACAGAUAAUGGUGAUCUCCCUUCUUAUGUGUCUGCAUUCAUAGAAAAGGAAGUUGGAAAUGACCUUAAAUCUUUAAAGAAACUUGAUAAACUCAUAGAACAGAGGACAGUAAGUAAAAUGCAGUUAGAAGAACAGGUACUUACAAUUUCAUCAGAAAUUCCUAAAAGAAUUCGAAGUGCCUUAAAAAAUGCAGAAGAAUCAAAGCAAUUUCUUAAUCAGUUUCUGGAGCAGGAAACUCAUCUCUUCAGUGCCAUUAACAACCAUUUGUUGACUGCGCAACCUUGGAUGGAUGAUCUUGGAGCCAUGAUUAGCCAAAUUGAAGAGAUCGAACGUCAUCUUGCUUACCUUAAAUGGAUUUCACAAAUUGAAGAACUAAGUGAUAACAUUCAGCAAUAUCUGAUGACCAAUAAUGUACCGGAGGCAGCCUCCACUCUAGUGUCUAUGGCAGAACUUGACAUCAAACUUCAGGAAUCAUCCUGUACUCAUCUUCUUGGUUUCAUGAGAGCCACAGUUAAAUUCUGGCAUAAAAUUCUCAAGGACAAGCUUACAAGUGAUUUUGAGGAAAUUUUAGCACAGCUUCAUUGGCCAUUCAUUGCACCCCCACAAUCACAAACUGUUGGCUUAAGUCGACCUGCCAGUGCCCCGGAGGUGUACAGUUACCUGGAGACAUUGUUUUGUCAGCUUUUGAAACUACAAACCUCAGAUGAAUUAUUUACUGAGCCAAAGCAACUCCCAGAAAAAUACUCUCUUCCUGCCUCCCCUUCUGUUAUCCUGCCCAUCCAGAUUAUGCUGACUCCUCUUCAGAAGAGGUUCAGGUAUCACUUCAGAGGGAACCGGCAGACUAAUGUGUUAAGCAAGAAUGGUACUUGGCUCAAGUACUUAUGUGGAUUGGAAACCAUACUGAAUUUCUGGAUGAGAAGAUUCAGCCAAUAUUAGACAAAGUAGGCUCUUUGGUAAAUGCAAGGCUUGAAUUUUCUCGGGGCCUUAUGAUGCUGGUUCUUGAGAAGUUAGCCACUGAUAUUCCUUGUCUGCUGUAUGAUGACAAUCUCUUCUGUCAUUUGGUGGAUGAAGUACUCUUGUUUGAAAGGGAUCUACACAGUGUUCAUGGCUAUCCUGGCACUUUUGCUAGUUGUAUGCAUAUUCUAUCAGAGGAAACCUGUUUUCAGAGAUGGUUGACGGUGGAGAGAAAAUUUGCUCUUCAAAAAAUGGACUCAAUGCUUUCCUCAGAAGCUGCCUGGGUAUCGCAAUAUAAGGAUAUCACUGACGUGGAUGAAAUGAAAGUUCCAGAUUGUGCAGAAACUUUUAUGACUCUACUCUUGGUUAUAACUGACAGGUAUAAAAAUCUUCCCACAGCUUCCCGAAAGCUGCAGUUCCUGGAGUUACAGAAGGACUUAGUAGAUGAUUUUAGGAUACGAUUAACACAGGUGAUGAAAGAAGAGACUAGAGCUUCCCUUGGCUUUCGAUACUGUGCAAUUCUUAAUGCUGUGAACUACAUCUCAACAGUACUAGCAGAUUGGGCUGACAAUGUUUUCUUUCUACAACUUCAACAGGCUGCACUGGAGGUGUUUGCAGAGAAUAAUACUCUGAGUAAAUUGCAGCUGGGACAGCUAGCCUCUAUGGAGAGCUCUGUCUUUGAUGACAUGAUUAACCUCUUAGAGCGUUUAAAGCAUGAUAUGUUGACCCGUCAAGUAGACCACGUUUUUAGAGAAGUUACAGAUGCUGCAAAAUUGUAUAAAAAAGAAAGAUGGUUGUCUUUGCCGUCUCAGUCAGAGCAGGCAGUGAUGUCCCUGUCCAGUUCGGCUUGCCCGUUGCUGCUGACGUUACGAGACCAUUUACUUCAGUUGGAGCAGCAGCUUUGUUUCUCCUUAUUUAAAAUUUUCUGGCAAAUGCUUGUAGAGAAGCUGGAUGUAUACAUCUACCAAGAAAUAAUUCUUGCUAAUCACUUCAAUGAAGGAGGAGCAGCCCAGCUGCAGUUUGAUAUGACUCGGAAUCUUUUCCCUUUGUUUUCUCAUUAUUGCAAGAGGCCAGAAAAUUAUUUUAAACAUAUAAAAGAAGCCUGUAUUGUUUUGAAUUUGAACGUCGGUUCUGCACUACUCCUGAAAGAUGUACUGCAGUCAGCUUCAGGGCAGCUUCCUGCCACAGCAGCAUUAAAUGAAGUUGGAAUUUACAAACUGGCUCAACAAGAUGUUGAGAUUCUACUUAAUUUGAGGACAAAUUGGCCUAAUACUGGAAAAUAAUGUCUUUCAGAAAAAGGCUUUUUUGGUUUUUGUUUCUAAGAAAGAGGAAGCCAAUUGGAUUUCAAGUUAUAUGAUGAAAUUCUGAAUUAAUGAAACUGGAAAACUUUAUAGAAUUACUUAUUAUCUUGGAUUUAUGGUGUUAUUAAAAUGCUGACCAUAUUUCCUUCAUCCUCUUGUUCCUAAGGAAACAAAAACAGAAAACGAAACAAUGAAAACUCAUUCUAUUUACAAGUAUAAAUGCUGAGUAUGUCUGUUGAAGACAAGAGCAGAGAUAUUAAAUUAUAACCAACUUUCAAUUUCCUGUGCUAAUUAAAGGAAAUUCUGUUGUGGAUAAUCAAACAUAGCCAAUAAAUUUUUUUAAAACUCCCUUUGAA